AUGUCUGAAAACAAUAUCCUUGUACUCGUGCGCCAUGGACAGAGCGAAUGGAACAAAAAGAACUUGUUCACCGGUUGGAAAGAUCCAGCAUUGACUGACCAAGGAAGAGACGAGGCUAAAUCCGGUGCCGAACGUUUACAAAAGCAUGGUUAUCAAUUCGAUAUUGCUUUCACUUCUGCUUUAAGUCGAGCUCAAACUACCUUAGCUAUCAUUCUUGAUAUUCUGGGCCAAUCGAGUAUUGAGAUUCAAAAGGAUCAAGCUCUCAAUGAACGUGAUUAUGGAGAAUUGACGGGUCUGAACAAGGAUGAUGCCAGAAAGAAAUGGGGAGAAGAUCAGGUUCAUAUCUGGAGGCGUAGCUUUGAUAUUCCUCCUCCUGGUGGCGAAAGUCUCGAAAUGACUGCUCAGCGUACAUUGCCUUACUACAAUGCCCAUAUCAAACCUAAAGUCUUGGAGGGCAAAAAAGUUCUAGUAGCCGCUCAUGGUAACUCGCUACGUUCGAUCAUCAUGGAAUUAGAAGGUCUCACCGGCGCGCAAAUCGUAGAAAAAGAACUUGACACUGGUGUUCCGAUUGUAUACGAGCUCGACGCUCAAGGCAAGGUCAUCAAGUCUACUGUUCUCAAGGCUUAA